UCAGUCCAACCGUCGGUAUUCUAUGUCUCGCGCGAGUGCACGCCGAUCGUCUGCAUUCACGAUCGAUCCGACUCGAUUCUAUCGAUCACGAUCAUCGAUCUAUCGUAAUUUUAAUUUGACUUUAUUGCUACAGCGUUUGAACUGUUAAUAUUUAAAUCUUUACUGAAAUGUGUAUUUUGUUGUUGUGAGAGUUUAUUGUUAUAAUGUGUAAGCUUUUUAUUGUGUGAACAGUUCAGUUUUUUUUUUAUUUAAAGUUGUCAUUGGGUAAAACGGAAAAAUGGCGGUGGAUUUCUCAUACGCCAAUUCGACAGUGGACAGCGGGUUCAGGGAUGCCCUGAGUGAACAUCUGAAGGCGGUCGGGAGGAUAUUCUAUUUACAUUCACCACAGGAGACCAUGUACGAGAGGAAGGAAGAUGUACCCAACUUCUUUAGACAAUCGUGGCCAUAUUUUCUCAUCUUUAUGAUUUUAGAACAUAUAGUACUAAGGUUAGAAGGAAAAAAAGGUAUACGACUUAAUGAUGGAAUCACUAGUAUAUCCCAUGGAAUAUUUCAAGAAUGUGGCAGAUUAAUAUGGCGUGGCGCGGAAUCCUAUCUGUAUACCUGGAUAUACGCUAACUUCAGACUAGUUGAUCUGCCUUGGGACCAUACAGUCACGUGGUACGUGGCUGCAUUAGGAGUGGACUUUUGCUACUACUGGAUGCACAGGGCAUGUCAUGAAGUCCACAUAUUAUGGGCACAGCAUCAAGUUCAUCAUACUUCGGAGGAUUUUAACAUGGGAAUCGGCAUCAGGCAGUCCGUUCUGCAAGGAUGGUGCGGUUUUAUAUUCUACCUGCCCCUGGCGCUGGCGAUCCCACCAGCGCAAUUCGUGAUGCAUCACCAAUUCAGCUACCUGUACAUGUUCUGGAUACAUACAGAAGCGAUCAAGAGCCUGGGUCCUCUGGAAUAUGUACUAAAUACUCCCAGUCAUCAUAGAGUGCAUCAUGGAAGCAACAAAUACUGCCUUGACGUGAACUACGGCGGCGUGCUUAUCAUUUGGGAUCGCCUCUUCGGUACCUUCCGACCGGAGACUGAUAAGAUCGAAAUUGUCUAUGGUCUUAUAUAUAACCAGCCGUCGUUCAACCCUCUUCAUUUGCAGUCUUUCUACACUGCGUACGUGAUCGAACGAUUCCGGAGCUUGAAGACGGCCGGGGACAAAUUCAGGGCGAUAUUCUGGGGCCCGAGCUGGCAACCAGGGUCACCGAGGCUUGGACGGGACGAGGACAAAAUAGACGUCCAAACACGUGAGAAGUACGACGUACAUUUGCCAGCCUGGUGUAAUAUUUAUUUAGUGUUACACUACGCUGUUGUGCUGUAUGGUUUUUUCGAGCUGUCUUCAAAAUAUAUGGGCAUGACGCCGAUAUCAGUGUUGAUCUUCGUUUUCUACAUCAUCGCGUCUUUAACCAUCAUCGGCAUGCUUUUCGACAACUCGAAGAAUGCCUCUCUUCUGGAAGUACUUCGGUGUUCAGCUUUUGCAUUCCUCGCUAGGAGUGUAGCUGCUACUAACCCUGGUCUCGGCACCGCGUUACAAAUUUUUUACGUAGUGUCGGCCAUGUUCUGGUGUCUGAACAUUUUGAAGUUAUUAGAAAUCAAAAAGACCAAAGUAGAAUGAAUAAUCCAAAAUAUUGGAUAUAUUGAAUAAUAUUAAAAAUUUUAAACGUUUUCAAAAUAUUAAACAUUGCCGAAAUUAUAAAUAUUAUACAAUAACACCUGAGUCCUCAAGAAUAGUAACGCAUGGGGAAUAUCAUAGACGAAACAGUAUACUCUAUUAUUACCAGAGGGAGACUUUGUACAAAAGUCGAUUGCUUGGGUACCUCUGUCUCAUUCGUGUUUCAACCGUGAAGCAGUUGUGUUUGCAUGGCUGUGUUUCGGUUUGAAGGGUGGGAUAUGGCGUGAAUUUACUGGGUACAAAGGAAUAACACCUGAGUCCUCAGGAAUGGCAACGCAUGGGGGGUAUCAUGGGCGAAACAGUAUACUCUGUUAUGUCCAUGGUACUGCUCAUGUCUAUAGGCGACGGUUACCACUUUCCAUCAGGUGGGCCGUCAACUUGUUUGCCAUUCUAAGUUCUAUAAAAAAAAAAUGUCCAUAAUACUGCUCAUGCCUAUAGGUGACGGUUACCAUUUUCCAUCAGGUCAACUUGUUUGCCAUUCUAAGUAGCGUUAAAAAAAAAAAACAAAUUUAUUAAAGAUCUUACAACUGGUGAUAAUUGAUUGAAUUGAACUGAAUUUAUAGACAGUUCACGACUGAAUUAGCCAUUUAUCAAAUAAUUGAAUUUUUAAUUUGGUAGUAAAUUAUUCGUAUUAUUAAUUUGUAUUAAUGUUUUUUUUUUUUUAAUUUAUAGGUAGAAAAUAAAUUUUAUUAAUUACUGCCAAAUUGAAAUUUAAUAGGAUUUUUUUAUUGCAUGAAAUUAGAAUUAGGAAUUUAGUACUUAAUAUUAAAUGCCUGUAGAAUAUACUUAAUUUAUAAUAAUUAUUUAACAUUUUUUUUUCUUGAAAAGUAGUAUUUUUGCUACCUAAAUGUUACAGUGAUAAGAUGAAGGAAUAGAACACUAUUGUGCCUUAAUGUUAAUAGUUAUAUGAAAAUUUGUCUUAAUUAAACAUAAAUUUUGUUUGUUUGUUUAUAUAAUAAAAAUACAUAAUAUCGAAAUUUUUAAAACCAGUAAACAAUAUUUUAACAAGUACAUUUUAUUAAUGAUGGGUGAACUAUGACAAGACUCAGUGAUACUCGUAGUAUUCAUAAAAUGAAAUAUCUUCCUCAAGGAGCAUAGUUGAAAUCUGAAAAUUAUUUUUGAACGUAUGUACAAAUUGUGCUGAAAAAUGAAUGAUGAAUUUAAUGCAAAUGGUUACAAAAUUGUUAUCCAAGUUCGAUUGUGCUUUUUAAGGUAAGGUUUUUAUUUUCAAAAAUACUACUAACAUUCUUUAAAGAAGUCAAAAGUUAAAAUACUGAUAUUUACUGACUUCAAUAAAAAAAAAUUUGUAAUCCCACUGAUUUUUAAAAUUGUAUGAUUAUUUAAAUACUCAAUUGUUCCAAUUUUAUCAAGAUUAAAGUCAAUUCUUUUAAUCUUAAGUUACUUAAUUUUAUUUUAAAAUUGUUUUAUUUAUUUGAAACAUACAUAAUUGUAAUUUGUUUUUGAAUUAUCCCUUUAUGCAGUGUAAAUGAAGAUAUGAAUGAAAUAUUUAUUUAUUAUUAUUACUUUUUUUGUUAAUUAAGUUUGAUAUACUUUUCAUGAAUAGCUUCUAUUAAUAAUUUAUUACG